AUGCAGACCCUCCCGGAGGAACAUGCAGAUAACACCUCCUCGGUGACAGAGUUUGUCCUUGCAGGCUUAACGGGCCAGCCGGGGCUCCAGGUCCCCCUCUUACUUCUGUUUCUGGGUUUCUACGUGGUCACCGUGGUGGGCAACCUGGGCUUGGUCGUCUUGAUUGGGCUCAACCCUCCCCUGCACGUCCCCAUGUAUCUUUUCCUGUUCAACUUGUCCUUCAUAGACUUUAGCUUCUCGGCUACCAUCGUCCCCAAGAUGCUGGUGAGUUUUGUCACCAAGAAGAACACCAUCUCCUACGCAGGAUGCAUGACUCAGCUCUUCUUCUUCUGUUUCUUUGUCUUUGCCGAGUCCUUCGUCCUGUCCGCGAUGGCAUAUGACCGCUACGUCGCCAUCUGUAAGCCACUGUUGUACACGGUCACCAUGUCGCCUCGGGUGUGUUUCUUUCUUUUGCUGGGCGUCUAUGGGAUGGGGGUUUGGGGGGCCAUGGCUCACACAGGAAACGUGGCGUUUCUGACCUUCUGUGCUGACAACCUUGUCAAUCACUACAUGUGCGACAUCCUUCCCCUCCUUGAGCUGUCCUGCGACAGCUCUUACAUCAAUCUGCUCGUGGUCUUUCUUGUUGUGGCUGUUGGCAUCGGGCUGCCUAUUGCUGCCAUUUUUAUCUCUUACGGCUUCAUUCUUUCCAGCAUUUUCCACAUUAGCUCCAUUGAAGGCCGGUCCAAAGCCUUCAGUACCUGCAGUUCCCACAUUAUUGCAGUUUCUCUCUUCUUUGGGUCAGGAGCUUUUAUGUAUCUCAAACCGCCUUCUAUUUUACCCCUUGACCGGGGGAAAGUGUCUUCUCUCUUCUACACCAUUGUGGUGCCCAUGGUGAACCCGCUAAUCUACAGCCUGCGGAAUAAAGAUGUCAGGGCUGCCAUGAAGAAAACCUUGGGCAGGAUAACUUCCUUUUGGAAUAAAAAAUAUUAG